CGACUAGCUUCUUUUCAAACUCAUUGUGACGGUCGAUUUCCGUGGUCGUAUUUUAUACGUGCUGUUCCGCACCGAACGGCGGUGUUAAUACUUUCAAAAACACUGAUUAACCGUGAAUAUACGUCUAUAUUCCGGUGCUGUUUUGAUCGCUCAGUGUUGACAGUGAACGCGGCGCGCGUGGUGGAUAGGAAGCAAAUCAAAGAAAAUAAUCCGACCGCGUGUAUCGGACAAGGGCGAAUUUUAUCGAUGACCGUGAAUUUUUUGGACCGAAAUGUGAUUGUUUUUUUGUCUUUCUUGCCGGUGGAUUUACACAAUUAGAUAAUUUUUUGACCUUGCCGCCUUGGGAUUAUAUCUAGCAGAGUGCGAACAUCAUUGAUAAAUUUCCCCAGCAAAGAAAAGACUGUCUUCUUAUCAGUGCUGAAGACGUACGUCGUUACGACAUGGAGAUCGGACUGUUGUGUGAAACUACAGCGAGGUAGAAUCGAAGACGAAAUAGCUGCCUGAAGCACUGUGCUAAUUGAAAAUCAACGAACCUCUAACGCAAAUUAAACGGAAGCAGAACGAAAUAUUCAUUAGCGACGUGGAAGCAACGGUUCAGAACCCCUAAAUAGCGAAGCUUGGUCCAAGGCAUUCGCAAUGGUCGAUGCGAUCCACGAUCCAAUAACUGAUCACUUUGGCCGUCAGUUAUUGCACUGGAUUGUUGACUAUUCAUCCGCCUGGUAUACCAGCCUCGGCGGAUCCGAGUUCAUCGAUAACUUCAAGAAGCUCGAAAGUGGUGCGUCGAUCCUCGAGCAGGGUUUGGCGGCGAAAUUCGACGAAGAAGAGCUGGAGGAAGCCACACUGGACCGGGGUGGAGUCAGAGAUCGAAACAACCCUCAAGCUCAACGCCAGCGCCAGUGGAGAUUUAUCCGGCGGGACGAUCCUGACCUUGGGUACGGCCAGCGGAACUUCGAAAAUCUGAUGUUAGUUGAUAUAAUGGAGAACUGCGAGGAAGGAAUUCCAGUUGAAAUGUUUAACGUGCUGGCCCCGUUCCAUCAAAAUAGUGUCGCAGCUGCUGCCACUACCGGUGCCAUUGCCACCGGUAUUCAAAACGGCCCGGGAGGUCGUGGUGUAGAAAAUAUGCAAGUGACUCAACCCUGCAGUGCGCCAUCGUCGCCUACCAUCACCUCACCCGGGGCCCUCAGUUCAACCUCAUUCUGUCUACCGACUGGAAGUAGUAGCAUUGGUGGUAGCAGUGUUAUCACUAGCACAACCGCCGCGGAUACCGGCGAUCCAAACUGGCAGGCCACCAAGAGCACCGUCCGAGAGCGGAAUGCGGCCAUGUUCAACAACGAUCUGAUGGCGGAUAUACGCUUCAUCGUUGGCACCGACGAACAGGUGCAAACCAUACCGGCUCAUAAGUAUGUUCUCGCUACUGGAAGCUCCGUAUUCUAUGCCAUGUUCUACGGAGGACUAGCCGAAAAUAAACAAGAAAUAAAAGUUCCUGAUGUUGAGCCAACUGCCUUUCUAACGCUACUAAAAUACCUAUACUGUGAUGAGAUCCAUCUGGAAGCGGACAACGUGCUGGCUACGUUGUAUGUGGCCAAGAAGUAUAUUGUGCCCCAUUUGGCCCGAGCCUGUGUCAACUAUCUCGAAACCAGUCUGACAGCCAAAAACGCCUGCCUGCUGUUGAGCCAAUCGCGUCUUUUCGAGGAACCAGAAUUGAUGCAGCGCUGCUGGGAAGUUAUUGACGCCCAGGCGGAAAUGGCCAUCAAAUCGGAAGGCUUCGUUGACAUCGAUCUGAAGACAUUCGAGACCAUCCUGGCGCGAGAAACACUCAACUGCAAGGAGAUCCAUCUAUUCGAGGCUGCCCUGAACUGGGCCCACGCCGCCUGCACUAAGAUCGAUAUCGAACCGACGUCCAACAACAGACGACAGGUGCUGGGCCAAGCGCUGUAUCUGGUCCGAAUUCCGACGAUGUCGCUGGAGGAGUUUGCCAACCGAGUCGCUCAGUUGGGUAUACUGACCAACCAGGAGACAAUCGACAUCUUUUUGAACUUCACCGCCAAGAACAAACCGAAACUCACGUUCCCAGUGAAAGCACGCACGGGCCUGAAGACACAGGUGUGCCAUCGGUUCGCUUCGUGUGCAUACAGAAGCAAUCAGUGGCGCUACCGGGGCCGUUGCGAUUCGAUCCAGUUUUCGGUGGACAAGCGCAUCUUUAUCGUUGGCUUUGGACUGUACGGUUCCUCAACAGGUGCUGCGGACUACGAUGUGAAGAUCGAACUGAAACGGCUGGGCCGGGUGUUGGCAGAAAAUAGUACAAAGUUUUUCUCGGAUGGAUCGAGCAAUACCUUCCACGUGUUCUUCGAGACACCGAUUCAGAUCGAACCGGAAUGCUUCUACACGGCUUCGGUCGUGCUAGAUGGGACCGAGCUGAGCUUCUUCGGACAGGAAGGCAUGAGUGAGGUUUGUGUUGGAACGGUCACGUUUCAGUUCCAGUGCUCGUCGGAGAGCACCAACGGAACGGGAGUACAGGGUGGUCAAAUACCUGAACUAAUAUUCUACGGUCCUAUGGGUGUGAGCAGUCAGAAUGCUACUUUGACGACCAGCAACAGUAACAAUUCGAUCAAUAACAACAAGCCAAAUUCAUCGUUGACAGGUGGCGGUUCGAAUACCACAAGCACCAGCAAUACUUGCACAACUCUGAACAGUAUUAAUGGAAGCACUUACGCCAACGGAAACGGAGACAAUGGACCAAAUGUGUUAACAGGAUUGGGAACGGUCGCAUUAUUAAACAACGAGAGUGACUGAGUGUUACUGCGGAAGGGGGAUAAACUGUUUUGAAUCAUCCCCAACUAAUGAACCAAGUAAUCACGAUGUAACAAAAUUCAAGUGAAAUUUUACGUUUUUUGUUCAGGGCGAAGAAGAUGAAUAACAUAUUCAUAUUCAUGGAUUAAAAAACAUGUAUCCUAAACAGUAGUAGUGGUGUUGAAAAGUAGAUUCUAUUACUGAAUUAAACUGGAAUAGCUCCGCUCUAUUGGACUAUAGUUCCAGUGAAUCUGAUUCGUAGUCUACCUUGAAUUCAUUUCACUCGGUUGCCUUUCGUUGAUCAUAACGAGCUCAAAUAUUAGAGCUGAGAAUAAUGUUGUUGUAUGGACGGGUGACUUAAUCUUUUUUUUUCACAAAUUUUAUUCCUAGAGAAAAUACUAGUCGUUUCAGCGCCUUUGGUUUGACGAAUUUGGUCGCCAUAAAGAAUCGAAAUUAGAACUUCUUUCUGCAUAAGUAGAAAUUGCGCAUAAUAGCAAUACACACCGCAAUUAAUAAACCCAGCAAAAUAUGAAUAAAAAAAGGCGAAAAAUGGAUUAAUAAAAUCACACCAGACGGUUUCUUCCUAGUUUGUAAGACGUGUCAGGCACGAGUGCAGAAACUUGUUUCCCUCUCGUGGAGGAUGAAAUAGAUUAAUGACGAAGUGACACUUUAUAAAUUUAAUACAUUACAAUCGGAAAACAAGCAAAAUUUUCACUUUUACAAAUCAGCAAUAUAGAGCAAAAAACAAGCACCGAUUCACUCACUCAUAUACGCCAAUAUAGGGUAAUGAAUCACAUUCCACUAUAACACACACACAACUAUGGAUCAAAAAUUUCAAGGCAGCCUCAUUUUUGGAAUGCGGAAAAACAUGAUUUCAGGUCGAAAUGCAUUUGAAGUGCACAAUGGUUAUGUUUUUUGUAGUGUCCCUAAUUUAAGUUCGUUAUUUACGGCUGUUUUAAUUGUAUAAGAUCGAAGUGAAGCCACAGCGUAACAGUAGAAUGGUGAACAUAAACACAUUGUAACGAAAUGAUGAUACAGUUGUGCAAUGAGUCUCAUUAUUAAUUAUUCUAUAGUAGUGGUUCUACCAAGACGUUUGUAAUGUUCAAAACAAUAAGAAAGUACUGAAUAAAUUAUUAGAAGCC